UUUUCCGGAAUAUUGUCAGUGAAAUCGGUGGAAAUCGUUUUACAACAUGAAAAUUUGCGUUCUAUUUACAAUUAUUGUAACGCUGCAGUCCGUUGCUUUUGGUUUGCCACGAGCCGACUUCGGGAUCGCACAGGAUGUACCGAACAGUGUGAAGGUGGUCGAACGUGCUACCGCGCUGCGCAGUGCGUUCGAUGAGCUGGACAACUUUACCAUCACCAUCCGGUCCGGUUACGAGCUGCUCAUUCUCGUUGCCAACCUUUUCACCUCGAUCGCUACGAAGCUAGCCAAUUCGGGUACGGCUAUGAUGGAUACGAUCGUGACAUUGGCGAAUGAUGAUAUCGGCCCUAUAGUGAAUGUAUUUGCACGUGUCAAUCAAGCGGUGGCAGCACUCAACCAACUGCUCAACGGUGGCUUGAGUGUGGAGCUAAACACACUCACCAACAGGCUUGGUCCUUCGCUAAGCAGACAGUUUAAGGAUGGGUUCCAGAGUAUUACCUUAGCGCUGCAGAAAUUAUCAACGGCUCUUGCCGAUUUGCAGGCUGCACUCGAACAGGUGCAGACAGCAGCUGGAAGUGGACCUGUAACGCCAGCCCUCGUGAGAAGAUUCAUUUCCGUCACAUUGACAACCCGGGUGCUCGCCGCAUUAGAGGAGAUUGGUGCUGGAGUUCCAACAGUUAUGUACGUUAUAAAGAAAACAGUUGGAUAACUUUCUAG